AUGGUAUAUCAUAGUGUCUUAAGGAGUUUACUGUCAUCUAUAUGUAUAUAUAUAUAUAUAUAUAUAUAUAUAUAUAUAUAUAUAUAUAAAUUAUUAUUAAAUUAAACUGUUACCCUUCAAUACAAUCAGGAAAGUCCGAAAUGUUGAUAUUAUUUUAACCCAUUGAGUGGCAGCACUCUCCACUUGAUGAGUAAGAUUGUCUGGCGUUAGACAGAGUAAAGUACUCUGGCGUUAGACACUCUGGCAUUAGACAGAGUAAAAUACUAAAGUAAGACGCAUCAAGAUGCAUUGCCACUUAAAGGGUUAAAAUCCAUCUUAAAUUCUGGGGAUGGUUGUCUUCAUGAUCCAAACAAUUUUUAUAAUAUAUGUAGGUAAAGAAGUUAGUGAAUGAAGCAGAGGAGUUAGAUAGCAUCAGGGAAGAAUUGAUAGAGGAUAGUAGGCAGGAAGCAGAAUUUAAGAUUAGCAAGAAAGCAGUAGACAGGCGGAGAAGUAAGCCAACAGGGGAAGGAAGUUGUGUGGAGUCGACAGGUAGAAAGCGCAGAAGGGAGACGAUGGCAGUGGUUAGUGCUAUACAUGGAGGAAGCAAAGAAAACUUGAAGCCAGGGGCGAUUGGAAUGUUGGAGACAUUAAAUAAGAAAUGCAAGGAAGAUGAUAUUGUAGAUGGAAUGAGAAGCUGUAAAAAGUUUGCAGAGAAAGUGUUCCCAAGAUUAUACAAAGAAGAUUUAAAGAAGUUUGAAAGUUCAACUGACAAUAUGUUGAGAUCUAUUGCUGUAUAUUAUAGUAAGGGUAUAAGGGGUAAAGAUAAGUAUAGGAAAAUAUAUAAAGCUAGUUCGUAUAAGCAGGGACCAGGCAAGCGGGCUGCGCGUAUUAAGGUUGCCAACUGCCCCUCUCCUCGGCUGGUUCCCUACCACAGGCUAAUGGCAUAUAUAAAAUCCAUUGAUAUUGGUCAGUUGCACAGUGUCUGUGAGAAUUUUUGUGAAGGGUUGGAUGAAUGUGAUAAGAUUAAUGGCUGUUAUAGGGACAUUGAAGAUCUUCUAAUGAAGUUGGCUGGAUUUUAUCUAAAUCAUGGUAAGUAUGAUAUCCUAAUAUUUGACCAGCCUAAUACUUUUCAUGUUGCUUUGGGUGGAGAUGGUGCCCCUUUUGGAAGGGAUGACUCGGCGUGUUCAUGGCUUGUUAGUUUUCUCAACAUCGGCCAUGGUGUGUUGAGUAGCAACGAGAAUUUUCUUCUUUUUGGAGCUAAUUGUGCGGAGAACUGUUUGCCUGUUAAGCGUUUCUUGGGUAAGUUGAUCACUGACAUUGAACGAAUUCAGCGCUCCUCAUACUCUAUUGUAGUUAAGGGAGAAAGCAUUGAUGUUAAAUUUGUGUUUGCAGAACUGCCAAAUGAUAUGAAAAUGCUUGCUUUCUUAGCUGGGGAGCUGACUAACAGUGCAACAUACUUUUCCACUUUUGCAGAUGUAAACCAGGAGUCUCUGACUAAACUUGGAACAUUUGGCCACAAUGCAUCAGAUACUUGGAAGCCGUGGAAGUUCUGUGAUAGGAUGAAAGUGGUCAAAGAAGUCGAAAAAUUUAAAAAGAAGAUAGCCACCAAAAAUGUUUCAGCCAAAACUAAAAGAUCAAAUGUUACAACAUUCAUUGCCAAGCAGAAAAGCCGACAAGAAUUUGUACCUUUGGUCUCAGAAUUGAUUGACAGAGCACAUGUUGAACCGCUUCAUUUAAAAAAUAACGCAUGUGCUUUAGCACAUCGUUAUAUUUUAAAUCAAGCGAUUGAAAUGUCGAAACCUAAUUUACCAACUUCUUUUUCUCAGGUUCCACCAAAAACUCCACUUUUCAAGUUCAUCGAUGCUUUAAGAUCUAAGUGCAGUUUGAAUAGACUGGCGAAGAGGAUCAUCAGGUGGUAUGACGAGAAUGCUGUGACUGACGCCAGUACGUUCACCUAUCGAUUUACAGGUAAGGAUUCACGAAUGUUUUUACAUAAUUUUAUGUUUCUCAUCGAUGUACUUGAAAAUGGUGUUUCCGGUAAGGCUAGUGAAUUGCUCCACGUUCAUGCUUAUCUUUGUCUUUGCUUGCGAAAUGCCGUUUCUUUGUUCAGUCGUGUGAACAUUACAGACGAGCAAGUACGAGAAUUAAAGCAACACUGUACUAACUUUUAUCGUGGUUACUGGUUGUUCUUCAAGGUUAAUCCUAUUGUCUGGACCCUGGGUUGUGUUGUUCCAGCUCACACCCAGGAAAUGAAGCAAUGUUAUGGUUUGGGCCUAGGUUUGAAUUCCAUGGAGGGUAGGGAGGCCAAGCAUAUCGCAAUAUCAAAGUAUUGUUUAAAUACGGUAUAUGCACACCGAUGGGAACAGGUUUUCCAUCAUAAUAUAUUUCCCUGAUUUGGCUGCGGGCCCAUGGUUAUACUAACGUCAGUGUUAAUAAUUCUACAGGAAAUACUCUCUCAUAUUCUCCAAAACGCGUCAGCAGUAAAGACCCCAACUAUUGUGUUUGUGGCUUGCAAAAGCUAGCAUCUGUGGACUUGUGUAGAUUUUGUGACCAUGAACUGAGGAAAAAGAUCGAGAACAGCAUCGAAAAAG